GGGCCUCGGGACUCCGCCCCGGCCCCGAUCUCCUCAGCUGGCCGCCCCCCUGCAGGCAGACUCGAGUCGCGGAGCCGCCGCCGCCUCGCAGAACCGGGCUGGGAGCGAGAGCCGGCAGCCGCUGCCGCCAUGGGGAGCCGCGUUUCGCGGGAAGACUUCGAGUGGGUCUACACCGACCAGCCCCACGCCAGUCGGCGCCAGGAGAUCCUGGCAAAGUAUCCGGAGAUAAAAUCCUUGAUGAAACCUGAUACCAACCUGAUAUGGAUUGUAAUUAUGAUGGUCCUCAUCCAGUUGGUUUCAUUUUACUUAGUAAAAGACUUGGACUGGAAAUGGGUCCUAUUUUGGGCCUAUAUCUUUGGCAGUUGUGUUAACCACUCGAUGACUCUGGCUAUUCAUGAGAUUUCCCACAAUUCCGCCUUUGGCCACUACAAAGCCAUGUGGAAUCGCUGGUUUGGAAUGUUUGCUAACCUUCCUAUUGGGGUUCCAUAUUCAGUUUCCUUUAAGAGGUAUCACAUGGAUCAUCAUCGAUACCUUGGAGCUAAUGGCAUCGAUGUGGAUAUUCCUACUGAUUUUGAGGGCUGGUUCUUCUGUACCACUUUCAGAAAAUUUAUAUGGGUUAUUCUUCAGCCUCUCUUUUAUACUUUUCGACCUCUGUUCAUCAACCCCAAACCAAUUACUUAUCUAGAAAUUAUCAAUACUGUGACUCAGAUCACUUUUGACAUUAUAAUUUACUACUUUUGGGGGAUUAAAUCUUUAGUCUACAUGUUGGCAGCAUCCUUACUUGGUCUGGGUUUGCACCCAAUUUCUGGACAUUUUAUAGCUGAACAUUACAUGUUCUUAAAGGGACAUGAAACUUACUCAUAUUAUGGGCCUCUGAAUUUACUUACCUUCAAUGUGGGUUAUCAUAAUGAACAUCAUGACUUCCCCAACAUUCCUGGAAAAAGCCUUCCACUGGUGAGGAAAAUAGCAGCUGAAUACUACGACAACCUCCCCCACUACAAUUCCUGGGUCAAAGUACUGUAUGAUUUUGUGGUGGAUGACACAAUAAGUCCCUACUCAAGAAUGAAGAGGCAUCAAAAAGGGAAGGUGGCGCUGGACUAAGUAUCAUUGAGCCAAAGGAAUUCCUCUUCGAAACGUUAAAAUAGGUCAUAAAGUGAGAUUUUCGCAUCGUUAAACUUAAGACCAGUAAUGCUUCGAAGCUACCCUAAGUAGGCUCUGGCUUUACACAGUCGCCUGUCUCUGUAGUGCUCAGCUUCACUCACAGGAAACUCGGGUAUUAUCGUCAUUGAGGAUGUCUUCGCCCAUGUCUGUCAUUUUGUAAGCAUAUCAUUUUGUAAGCAUAUAAAAGAAGCCUUUUAAAAAGCCAUUUCUAGUACAUUAUUUUCACUAUAAAGUUUUACUUUAUUAAAACAGGCUAGUAAACUGAGCUAUUAACCACAAUGUAUUAGUAUUUGUUGUAUUUUUGUAUUUCACUUUCUUUAUACUACAUAAUACAGUAACUUGGGUACUGGGAGAACUUACUUUGAAAUUUGAUCUGAAAAAUAGUUUUAAAAAGGUCUGAGUUAACGUAGUAUAUUAUAAAAGUUGAGAUGGAAAUAUCUUUUAUUGUAAGCUGAAUUACUCAUUUUUAAUUUUUACCAUUGUACAUAGGACCUAAUUAAACACUUGAAUC